AUGAGCUGGUGGUGGUCCGGAGCUGUUGGUGCUGCUAAGAAAAAAUUGGAAGAAGAUGAAGUUCCGAGACUUACCCAGAGUGUUGCUCUGAUCAUCGGCGUGACCGGUAUAGUUGGCAACAGCCUAGCCGAAAUCCUCCCGCUUUCGGACACCCCAGGCGGCCCAUGGAAGGUCUACGGAGUGGCGCGCCGCCCCCGCCCCUCCUGGAACGCCGACCAUCCCGUCGACUACAUCCAAUGUGACAUCUCCGACGCCGGCGACACCCUCGCCAAGCUCUCGCCCCUCACCGACGUGACCCACAUCUUCUGGGUGACCUGGGCCAUGCGAGCCACCGAGUCCGAGUGCUGCGACGCCAAUGCCGCCAUGCUUAACAACGUCCUCGCCGCCGUGGUCCCCAAAGCCGCCAAUCUCUGCCACAUCUGCCUCCAAACCGGCCACAAACACUACAUCGGACCAUUCGAAGCAUUCGGCAAAAUCAAACCCCACGAACCCCCGUUCAGAGAAGACAUGCCCAGAUUGAUGAACGCCCCCAAUUUCUACUACACCCUCGAAGACAUUCUCUCCGAAACCGCCACCAAGACCCGGACACUCUCCUGGUCCGUCCACCGACCCGCCGUCAUAUUCGGGUUCUCCCCGUACAGUCUGAUGAACAUCAUCGGCACACUCGGCGUCUACGCCGCAAUCUGCAAACACGAAAACGUACCGUUGAAGUUCCCGGGAACGAAGGCAGCGUGGAACUGCUACUCGGUGGCGUCGGAUUCUGACCUGAUAGCGGAGCACCAGAUAUGGGCGGCGGUGGAUCCGUACGCGAGCAACGAAGCUUUCAACUGCAGCAACGGCGAUCUGUUCAAGUGGAAGCACUUGUGGAGGGUGAUUGCGGAGCAAUUUGGGGUGGAAUACGUGGAAUUCGAUGAAAACGAGAAGUGGGUGAGCUUGGCGGAGAGGAUGAGAGAGAAAGGUCCGGUGUGGGAGGAGAUAGUGAGAGAGAAAGGGCUGGCGGCGACGAGGUUGGAGGAGGUGGCGACGUGGUGGUUCGCGGAUGUGAUACUGGGUGGGGAGUGUUUGUUGGAUAGUAUGAAUAAGAGCAAGGAGUAUGGGUUUCUGGGGUUUAGGAAUACCGAGAAGUCGCUCAUUUCUUGCAUUGAUAAAAUGAAAGCCCACAGGAUUGUUCCUUGAAUCGGUGGGUUGUGAGUGGUUGGUUGAUGUUUGAUCAAGCUGAAAUAAGGACGAAGAGAGAAGAAAGAAUGUAUGUUGGGUUUGAGCUUCGUUGCUGUGGUUGAUUUCUUUCUGUCAUGCACUUAAUAUGAUGAUGAUAAGAAAAAUGUAUUGGCGUCUUUUGAUUGAUUUACUUCACAGUUCUAAGCCUCUCCUUCUACUCCAAAAUCUUCUUGCCAUUUUUUUUUUUUUUUUGGGUACAAACAUGGAUAAAUAAUUAUACUUAUCACAACAUAUUAAUUUUUGAGGUAUAGUACAGCCACAUCUACUGAGAUUCGGUAAAAGGACACUCAGAUGAAAUUUACAUAUUUUUUGGACAAAGAUACCCCUGAAGGUUCAAAAAUGGACAAAGACACCCAUUUACAUGAGAAAUUGACCAAACUACCAUUUGACCGUUUAGGAGACUUUUUUAAUUUCACAAUUUAAUAAAUUGGACCAAUCUACCCUCAUGAACAAUUUAUGCAUAAAAAAAAAGUAACAAAAAAAAAAAACUUUAUAUUGUUCACUUUUUUUUUUUGUUAUUUACUUUAUAAAUAUCCCAACUUCUUUAAAUUUAGACAUCUAAAAUGAUUUUUUGAUCCAAUACAUAUAUUUCAAAUAAAUUAUAUUUUGUUAAUACUUUUUUUCUUUUUC